AUGCGUUCCAGAGCGGUAAACAAUGGUCAGAGUAGACGCGAUGAUAAUGAGUUGAGCAACGACAUUGAGGAAGCUGAGAUCAAAUCUUCUUCUUCUUCAAGAAGAUACGAUUCUGUUGGCGAGAACUCCAGUCAAAAGUGGAUGAUUGCGAUGCUCUGUUUAGGUAUCUUCUUCGGCGUGUUUUUGUCGUUAUCAAUCCACGACAAAAGUCAAGCGAUGAUGAAAGGAUCGAUAGAGGGAUUACACAGAAACGUUAAAAAUGCGUACAUAGCGCAUAACGUAGCGAGAAAAGAGUACUUGAGGUCGUAUCGUGAAGCGUAUUUGGAGUCGAUUUUGGCUAAUAGUACUGAAGAAGAAGAAAAAGAGGUUUCCUCGGGGUGUCAAAAUAUGCCGGUUCGCACAGGGUACGACAAAUAUGGCAUACAAGUGAAUAAUUCUUGGUUUCACCACAUUCACAUCGCUAAAACCGCCGGAAGUACCAUGAAUAAGAGAUUAGCAAGACGGUAUCACGGAGUAUGCGGGAAUAAGUAUACCUCGUGUAUAGAACCGUUAGAACAUCCAAAAGACGACAGGGCGCCGGAAUUUGGCACGGAAUUGCCGGAAUUUGACUCUUUGCACAAAGAUUGGUCGUUUGGUUCUAUGACACAAAAAGGUUUUCACGAUUGCACAUUAGUGUCUUUCGAGAGAGAUUGGAACGCUUGGGUGGAACAAGUGCUUCCUGACCAUAACUUUCACGCGAAUGCGACGAAGGUGAUGUUACUCCCGUGCCGAGAUCCGUUGGAGCACUUCUUUUCCCAGUGCAACCACAACAACAACCACAACCACAACAAACACAAUGCAACUAAGAUUUUUGCAAACGUCACAUCUUGUGAAGAAGGUAUCAACAAGUGUGGUCUCGUUGCUGUCGGCCGGUUUAAUAUAAAGAUGAUUCAAAGUUGGGAUAAGGUCGUGUUGUUUAAACAUUCCGCAUUUGAUAGCGUUUUCAGUCUCUUGGAUAAUCACAUACCGCUGAGAAAGUUUUUACUCGAAUCAAAAUUCGACCCGAGUACGAACGAUAAGAGAAAGCCAGAAAACGAGAAGUUAAGUAAGAUGUGUUCGAAAGAAAAACUCGCUGAAGCGUUGAGAAAGAAGUGGGGGUACUACAAUUUCUGCGAUAAACUCAGGGGGAGUUUAACUGUUUUGGACGUGGGGAUGAACGGGACAGUUGCCGUUGUUGAACCAGCGCGCGUUUAUUAA